UUAAAAUUUUUGCAUGAAAGGAUAUUAUAUAAAAAGUAAUAAAAAAUUUAAAAAAUAUUUUUAUUAAAAAUUGUUUGCAAACAACUUCUGAGUGCUUUUCCAACACUGUCGCCCUGAUGAUGGAAGAAUGUACGAUUUAUAAGAACGAUAAGUAUAUAAGUGUAAUCCCUACUUUAUGUGUUAAAGGAUUGUUACCGAAAUACUCUACAUUUUGUUUUCAAUCCAAAUAAAUUCAUCGAGGUUUUCUACAUAUAUAUUUGAUUUAAAAAUUAAGCUUUAAGAAGUACUUUUGCAGUGGUUUCGUGUAUUUUAAGAUAAAUACAAAAUUUUAAGCCAGAAUCCAUUGCGAAAGUUGCUUCAGGCACAUUUUAUAACAACGGUGGAAAUAAGAUACUUUAAAAGCCAGGUGUAUUCAUUGAGGCUAGUUCUGAAAUAACCAAUGUGACCAAUCCAAUUUCUAUAAAAAAUUAUUUGCAAAAGUUGGAUUCCAUCAGGUUGGGUGUUUUAAAGAGCAGCCUUUAGUCGACAUUUGCUAAAUAAAGAAAGCCAUAAAGAAAUACGCGGUAUAUACAAAUAUACUUCUCCAAAAUUAAUAAAAAAAAUGUCUAGCGAAAGUGAUAGCAUGCAGCGUUCCCUGUCAUCACCUCCAUCGUCCCCACAACUCGGCAAAAAAAUACGGCUUGAUGAGCAGGCUCUUCAUGAGCAGACAACUGCUAUGAAAGAGAAAGGUUUCUCCUUAAGCGCCAUAGCAGAAAUGAAAACUCGUGUUGAGGAGAAUAAUCAAAGCGGUACACUGGAUCAAAAAUUGCGUCAAUUUCAAGUGUUAGACGAAGUACAGGGAUCUGGAACUGAUGACUCUGACAUUGCAAGUGAAAAUGGUGAUAAAAAUUUUGAUAAUGGUGACGGAUAUGAAUCUUCCGAUUUGGAUAUAGAUGACAAUGAGAUAGAAAAUUUGCUCAACGAAAAUUUACCUGAUGAUCUGAAAGAGCCGAAAAAACCUAAAUACGAAGAGCGAUUUAAAACAGUAUUAGAAGAAAAAGGCCACAAUCAUUUCGAGGUGUUACCGGAAGGUUGGGUGCAAGUAACACACAACAGCGGUAUGCCUCUCUUUUUACAUAAACAAUCACGUGUCGUUUCGGCGUCAAGACCAUACUUUCUUGGACAUGGUAGCGUAAGGAAACACGCAAUUCCUUUGGGCGCCAUUCCGUGCCUUAAUUAUAGACGAGCCAUUGAUGAAGAAGAGACGGAACGUUUGAAUCAAAAAAUAGCAGAAGAAAACUCAGCGAUGGAAGCGGAAGAGGUCAUCGAAACCAACACUGAUAAAGUUCCUAAAUGCCCAUUUGCUGGUGCCAACGUUAGCGCCGAUGUUUCCAUAGACUCCAGUCAGUUCGCGCAGGUUUCGUCAUCUACGAAUGGAAAAGAGAUGGACAUAAGUGAACCUGCUGCAACACCAAUAUCCGACACACUUACAGCCAUCACACCAACUUCAGCGAGCACAGCUGAUUUGGCGGCUAAUGUUGCAGCAUUAAAGAGUCUAGUGCCGCCUGCGAAAAUUGUUACCGUCACCGAGAAUACGCAAAAGGAGUCGCUGACACCCGAACAAUUAAACCAAUACUGUGCGAAACUAUUUAAAUUUAAAGUGAUAAGGGUUUUACGUUUUCGUUCCUGGAAUGCGCGACGUAAAUUCACGAAAAAUCGAAAACAUAUUAAAAAUUUACAACGUCCCACUCUGCCGGAUGGUACGAAACUAAUCAAAUUCCCAAUAUUGGCGCCAAGUGGCGAUACAAAUACGAACACGCGUGGCCGAAAAGAAUGGAUUAUGAAUCCGAAUGGAAAAAGUUAUGUCUGCAUAUUGCAUGAGUAUGUGCAGCAUGCAUUGAAAAAACAGCCAACAUAUGAAUUCAAAGAAUUGGAAAAUGCAGCAACACCCUACUCUGCAACGGUAUCAAUCAACGAUUUGAAAUAUGGCACGGGCUAUGGCACCAGCAAAAAACAGGCAAAAUCAGACGCUGCGCGUGAAACAUUAGAGAUACUUAUACCUGAAAUGAAGGACAAAAUUACGGGUAUUAAACAAGAUAAGAAUGCACCGAAAAAUAAUCACAAGGAUUUAUCGGUUUUUGACGAUAUUAAAAUACAAGAUCCACGUGUAGCUGAAUUUUGUAAUAAGACAACAGAACCUUCGCCGCAUGCUAUACUGUUGACUUGUCUCCAGCGGAACUUCGGUCUUGGCGAUGUGCAGAUAAAUUACGAAAUUAAUCGCACAAAAAAUAAGAAAAAUGAAUUUACUAUGACUGUGGGCAAACACACAGCCAAAGUGUUAUGCAAGAAUAAGCGUGAGGGUAAACAGCUGGCUUCCCAAGCGAUUUUACAGAUUUUACAUCCACAUAUUAAGACAUGGGGCUCCCUGCUGCGUCUGUACGGCAACAAUUCAAUAAAGACGUUCAAAGAAAAAAAGCUGGAGGAGCAGGAGAUUACGGUAUUGCAAAGCAAAGCUGCAAUAAAUCAGCCAAAUUACGCGAUUCUUGACAAACUAAAAGCGGAAAUGUUAAAAUUAGCUGAAAAGAAUAAAUCGGUUGUAUCAAUGGGCACUUUUGUGCCACCCUGUGAUGUUGACCUACCGUCAUCAUCUGGUUCAAAUCUCAAUAAUGUGGAACUAUAAUCUUCAAAUUAAAGUUCUCGAAUGGUAUUUUGUUAUGACUGAUUUCAAAUAUAACUGAAGAAAUGAACAAAUUCAUAUAAUUAAUUAAAUAAAGUGAUUUAUUGUAAUAAAAUCGUCCUAAAAGUGAAGGUCGGUAAUGUUGAUUGAGGCCUAAAAAUUUGAUGUUGCUUUUAGCACUUUUUAAGUUUCAAUAUUUUGACAUACUGUUAUAAAAAUGUGAAAUGGAAACGAUUCCCAAACUGUACGAAAGUUUUUUUAUGUAUGGAAAUAUGUGUUUUGAGUCUAAUAAAUUGCUAUUGUAGGAAUUGAUGAUAAUAACACCAGCUUGAGCUACAUAUAGAUAUUAUUUAUAAGCAACUGUUUCAAUUUUAGUUAAUCACAUUGCUGCUUUUCUACAGUAACUUCAGUUUUACAUAGUAGAAAACAAAUUUAAAAAUAAUAAUAAGCAAAUGUAUUUGAUGAGCUAAAAUGGCAUAAUAUAGAUUUCUAAAGCAAGCAUAGAACAUUAAAGUCCAUAGAUAAAAAAAUUACGUUAAUUUUUCACAAAGGAAAGACAUUUUUGAGUUUGUUUUAUAAGAAAAGCCUUUACAUUGUGUCUCUGUAUUUAUAUAUCAUUAAUAUACAUAUUACUAAAAUAUGUGUAUUUAAAUAUUUUACGUACAAAAAAUAUAUAUUUGUCGUUACUUUUAAUACGAUCAGAGAAAAUCCUUUGUGAUAUACAAAUGUGUUAAGCGAUUAAGGUAAAAGUUAGGUUAGAUACAACACGGCAGUUAUAACAAAAAAAUUUUCUCAAGUUGAAACUAUGAUAAAGCCUUUAGAUGUAAAUUGUUUCUACAUGUCAAAUGAAAAACUACCCUUAAGAUCAAUUGGAUUACAAAAUAAAUAAAAACAUUAACUAUA